GGUGACAGCCGGGGCCAGAUCAUCUUGGACUGCGCCGACUACAUCACCACUCAGAAGCCCGCCUGCUUCGUGAUCGAAGAAGCGCCCACUCUCAUGGGCAAGCACAGGAAUACCCUGAACAAGUUCGUGGACCGCAUCCGGGCUCGGACCUACAUCGUGGGAUGGUUGCGCAGCCGAUCGAAGGGCCAAUCGUUUGAAUGGCCCACCUCUUUACCACUGAAGCGCGUGGCGGACUUCAUCGACCCGACGCUGCCAGCCAACAUCCCUACCGACAUGACCUGCCUGAACAACCUCGCCCGCCUGCUUGGCGUUGUCAAGGAUGCGGGCUACGACCUUGCGAAUGACGACAUCAUCUUGGACGUGUACCAGUCCGAGAAGUUCGGCGACAAUUGGCAAGUCGGCAAGUUCCCGACUCUGACUAGGACCAGGGCAGGCGCCGGCGUCUACUACCUGACCCGCCACUCCCGCAUGAUGGACACGACCGAGAUGUUGGCUAUCCAGGGCCCCCCUAAAGGCCGCCUGAACUGGCAAAGUCUGCUCACGGAGAAGGGCCGCAAGGUGACGGAUCGCCAGUUCAACCUAAUGAUCGGCAACACGAUGAGUGUGCUUGUAGUCGGCCGUAUGAUGCUCAAACUCCUCAUCCUCGUCGGCAAGCUCGACAAGAGCACGCCCGACCCGUGGUGCGACGCA